CAGCACACAGGGCUGGGCUGCAAGAGCAAGAAGGCAGUAUGUUGUCAAGACCAAAGCCUGGGGAGUCUGAGGCAGACCUGCUGCACUUUCAGAACCAGUUCCUGGCAGCCAGAGCUUCACCUGCAGUGAAGAUUGUGAAGAAAGGAGACAAGAGGAAGGGAGAGGAAGGGAGCACAGAUGCUGAGAGACACCCGCUACAGGACAGCAAGGAUGUGGUCAUGUUGGAGGAUUUUCCUGAUGUUCUCCCAGCUCUAACUCCAGCUCCUCCAAAGAAGUCCAAGAUCAAAAAUGCUUGUGUCCACUUCGAGGAUGAUGAUCCAGAGGAAAGACUGGAGAGUCAUGAUCGACACAUUACAGCAGUCUUCAGCAAGAUCAUUGAACGAGACACAAGUGCAGUAGCAGUGACCAUGCCAGUGUCCACAGGAGACCCAUUUCCAAGGACAUUUCAUCGUUCUGAGAUAAAAAGUGAGGUGAAGGCGGGGUGUGGAAGAAAAAGCAUCUUUGCACAAAAGAUGGCAGCGAGAAGAGCUGCUGAAAAGGCAGCAACAGCUCCCUCUGCUGCCGAGUGCCUGCAAGGGAAAUCAGCUGCUCUGGGUGCCUUGGAUCCUGAGGGAUCAGCAGAAGAGGCACCUCUCCCCAGGAUCAGGGAUGGUGAAGCUGGUGACUUUUUGACCUCUCAGCGGCCUUGUCUCAUAACGGGAGAAGGUCUUGGAAGCCAAAAGAGUGAGCAGGAAGCUCAGGCUAUUCAUAAAGAGAACUUGGAGAAGCUGCAGUCCAUGUCUGAGGAAGAGAUCCUGCAGGAGCAGAAGAGGCUUCUGGCUCAGCUGGAUUCUAGUUUAGUUGCUUUCUUAAAGUCACGACGUGGUGGGAAUGAAGGACAGAAAAAGGAAUUAAAAAUAGAACGGAACAGACCGGAGGAGUUUGUGGAAUCUCUGCCUGUGGCUCAGCAUGAUGUAAGAUCAUCUGUUUCCAUGCAGGAGUCAAAUCUGGAAGAAUAUGUAAGGAAGGAAGAGAAUAUGAAGGUAGAAAUGACAGAUGAUGAUCUGCCUGUGAAGCCCAAGAAGGAAUGGAUUCACAUGGACAAUGUGGAAUUUGAGAAGCUGGAAUGGAUGAAAGAUUUGCCCUCACCCCGACAGAAGAAAACCAAAAAGGGAAUGCAAGCUCGGUUCAGUUUAAAAGGAGAAUUGAUUCCUGCAGAUGCUGAUUUACCAACACAUCUAGGACUGCAUCACCAUGGAGAAGAGGCAGAGAGGGCUGGUUAUUCUCUCCAAGAGCUCUUCCAUUUGUCUCGCAGCCAAGUUAUUCAACAGAGGACACUGGCUCUACAGGUCUUAGGUCGUAUUGUUCAAAAGGCCAGAGCUGGAGAGUUUGCUGCCUCCUUGAAGGGCAGCAUUCUGCAACUGCUGCUUGAUGCUGGGUUUCUCUUCCUGCUGCGCUUCUCUCUGGAUGAUGCAGUGGAUAAUGUCAUGGCAGCAUCUGUUGGCGCUCUGCGGGCUCUGCUGGUGUCACUUGAUGAUGAGAAAUACCUUGAUUGGACUUUCUCAUGGUAUCAAGGGAUGGCUACAUUCCCCUUUGUCCCCAGCAAUGAAGAGGAAGAAGAGGAGGAAGAGGAAGAUUUAAAUGGAACAGAUAAGUCUCAAGAUAAAAAAUCAAAGGAUGAAAACAAGCCAGAUCCAGAUGUGGCCCGAUAUGAUGUUGUAAAAGGACUUUUGAAGACACGGAUCCAGCACCGGCUGAGGUACAUCCUAGAGGUGGUACGACCUGUUCCAACAGUAGUCCUGGAUAUACUGCACAUCCUUACCCACAUAGCAAGGCACUCCACUGAAGCAUGUAACCAGCUGCUUGACUGUCCUCGGUUGAUUGAGACCAUUGUCAGAGAAUUUCUCCCUACUCAGUGGGAUCCCCAAGUGGCUGAACCAGGUUACUUGCUCACCAGUCUCCAUGGAAUUGCUUGUGCCACUGCUAUGAAGUUCAUCAGAGUAUUGGCAUCUGGAGGCCGAAAUGCAACAGCCAGGCUGCUUAACAAAUUUGAAAUGAAGAGUCGGUUAAGUCGAUUUAUAGCUGAAGACCCACUGGAUUUACUCCUGCCAGGUGAAGAAGCCAUCAGGCUGAGCACCGAAGCCUUCCGGCUGUGGGCUGUGGCAGCUGGCUAUGGCCAGGCCUGUGAUCUCUACAGGGAUCUCUACCCUGUGCUGGUGAGGAUACUGCAGUCGCUGCCUGAGUUGCCUCAUGCUUGCCAAGGGAAGAGCCCCAUGGCUGAGCUGUCUGUCCAGCGAGCUGCGGCAGUGGUCACUCUGCUGACGGGCGUGACGCAGACAGCGGGCUGCGCAGCAGAGCUGCAGGCCAGGCUGAGCAGCUCAGAAGAUGGUGAACAGAUUCCCCCUCCUCCAGUAGUGUGGAAUCAAGUAUCAGGCUUACGGCCCUUCCUUGAGACCAAUCUGAGAAAAUUCCUGAAGGAGAUAUCCCAGACAGAAACCUGGCAAACUCUUCAGCCUCUGACCACAACUUAUUUGAUCUACCUGGGAGUUUAUUACAGUGCUUGCAGCCAACAGCCAUCAGUCAAUCCAGUUGACUGCUUAGAGGAGCUUGAACAUUUGACAUCUGUGGUGCUGCAGCCCCUUCUCAGCCACCCAGCCAUACACAGCAUGUGGGACUUACUCAGGCCAUGCUCUGCUUUGUGCAACCCUCUGUCCUGUUCCCCAGCACCAGAAUCCAUCUCCAGCAUUAGAUCUCUGAGUUGCACUGGUGGCAAACCUCCUCUGAGCCUGGUUGGCUCCCAGUCACCUUUUCCCUUCCUUACUGCCCUCCUGUUUCUCGUGGAUAGCAUCACUCAUAUUCACAAAGGCCUGACUAGCAAGUACAGCUCUGUGCUGGGCUUCAGAGGCUUGAAGGAUUAUCUGCAUCAAAGCUGGCAGACUGGACCUCCUUGUGUAACUCCCUCAUCUGCGUGGAUCCUGCGCCAUGAAUAUCACCUGCAGUACUUUGUGUUAGCGCUGGCUCGGAAAAUGGCAGGCACUUGUCCAGAUUACACCCAGCAUGCCUCACUCCAUCACUCAGUUGCCAUGGCAUUGCUAAGCCGGCUGUUGCCAGGGGGUGAGCAUGUGGCUUACGAGGUCUUGAGAGAUCUUGCCUUUAAUCCACAGUUUCUUCCUGAAGGGAAGGCUGGAGGGCCAGAAGCAGCUGACUUCUCUGAUAUCCUGCAUCUGGGUACCAGUGCCAAACUGGCACAACCUGGCUCUGCGGCAGCAGUUUUUUCAAAAGCUACUCGUGGUGCCCUGCUGAGAGAAUCAUACCAGAAUCUGCCUUCUAUCCGCUCCUGCUACCUUUCUCAUUUUGUCCACUUGCAGCCUACCCUUACACGUUCCCAGGCAUCCUACCAAGGACAGAAUUACCUCAUCCAGUCAAUGCUGCUUCCUGAGGUUAAAGGGCCCAUCCUGCCAUCAGACUGGCCAUUCUUUCCGCUUAUCAGCCUCUACAACAAAGUGACUAAGGCAGAGACACAUGGGGCUGUCCUUAACUCUCUCUCACCUGAUCUCAUCAACACUGUGACCUGGAACCUGCAGUGGGUCUUGUUGCUGGAGACCUGGCGUGCUAAAACCCUUCAGAGCAUCCCUACUGCUGCCAAACUUGCACGGCUUAUGUGUGUCUUCCUCACAGGCAGUGACCUCUUUCUGGAAGCACCAAUCCACCGCUACACAGCUGCCCUUCUCUCUGUGUAUUGCCAACCCAAGCCAUUGGACUCCCUGAACUUGGAUGCUCCUCUCCCUGGUUUGGCAUCCUUCCACGAUCUCUAUAUAAGCCUUCUGGAGCAGUUUGAAGGUGUUUCCUUUGGAGAUCCACUCUUUGGAGUCUUUGUUCUUCUACCUCUACAGAAGCGUUUCAGCGUUAAUCUGCGUCUCUCUGUUUUUGGGGAGCACACGAGUAUCCUGCGAGCACUGGGAGUGCCACUUCAGCAGUUUCCUGUGCCUCUUGAGCGAUACACUUCCCCUCCUGAGGACAACCUGAACCUCCUGCGACUCUACUUCCGAACGCUGGUCACUGGUGCCCUGCGCCACACCUGGUGCCCUGUUCUUUAUGUGGUGGCUGUAGCUCAUGUGAACAGUUUUAUUUUCUCCCAAUACAGCACGACACAGGAUGCUGAUGCUGCUCGGAAAAGCAUGCUGCGGAAGACAUGGCUGUUGGUGGAUGAGACUUUGAAAAAGCACCUACUCUACUACAGACUCCUGAAUGCAGAGAGUCCUUUGGGAUUUGACCUUUAUGAGCAGCUCCCUCCCAUGCGACUGAAGUACUUGCAGCUGGUGACACAGAAGGGAAACAAGGAGCAUGCACCAGCUCUAGUCUCAUAGAAAACACUUGUUCAAGAAGAGGGCCAAGGGAAAGAAUGGAAGAGCUCACUUUAUGCUUUACUGAUAAAAGUGUGUGCACUUCAGACAGUUUCAGUCUUACUUGGACACUUGGUGUCUUUGCAAAGUGAAGCACUGGUAGAGUUAUUCUAGCCAUGCAGAGCAAUACACAUCUCAAGAAAUGGCAAUAUAUGUGUGUGGCCUCUCUGUGGUGAAUGCUGGAGCAUUUUCCUUCAUCCUCUUUCAGGUUGUUCUGCUUCUUCCCA